UUGGAGUGCCCUCCUGGUGAAACUUCUCGUACUCAUGAAGGUACUUGUCCUUCUGUAAAACAACCAGAAGAACCAAAUUCAGCACUACAACCAGUACCACCACCACAACAAGAACAGCAACGACAACAACAACAUCAAGAACAAGCAGUUGAUAAUCGUGCGAGCGUAGGUAAUGGCAGUGAACCAGCAGGAAGUGAAGGCCCAGGGAGAACGUCAUCCACAGCAAGUACUGUAGACUCAGAGAGACCACAUCAAAACACAACGGAAGGAGAGGCAACAACACCAAGUGCAGACACAACCUCAUCUGGAGACGGUGGUUCCAACAAC